CACUCACCACUCUAAGCUACUCUCUCUCUCUCUCUCUCAUGACCAGAAGAUUUUGUUUAUUUAAAGUCCCACUGAGAGAAUCAGUGGCAUUUGUCUGCAACAUUCUCAUCCACAGCCCAAUUUCUCCAUUUUUAAGUGUUCUUUUGGAUUCUCACUCUCAGGGUGGCUUUGUGGAGGGUUAUCUUCUGGUUCUAUCUUCGUUGCCUGCGAUUUCUGGUUCGUUAAGAGAUUAGGCCUCUGCUCUCUCCGCAGCGACAAUGAGAGGACGGAGAAACAAACCGCCAUUUCAUUUGCCAUUCAUUUUCUUGUUCUUGUUUUUCCUCACUCUCUCAUGGGUUCCCCAACGGAUUUGCCAGCAACCAAUCAAAACCGUCGUGGUUUUGGUGAUGGAGAAUCGUUCCUUCGAUCACAUGAUUGGAUGGAUGAAGAAAUCCAUCAACCCCCAAAUCAAUGGCGUCACUGGAGACGAAUGCAACCCGGUUUCAACCAAUAACUCGAACCCGGGAACCAUUUGCUUCUCCGAUGAUGCCGAGUUCGUAGAUCCAGAUCCGGGCCACUCCUUUGAAGACGUGUUGCAGCAGGUAUUUGGCUCUAAUUCCAUUCCCUCCAUGUCUGGCUUUGUGGAACAGGCGCUUUCAAUGUCCCCAAAUCUCUCAGAAACUGUCAUGAAAGGCUUCAAACCAGAAGCUGUGCCCAUUUAUGGAGCUCUGGUUCGCGAAUUCGCUGUAUUUGAUAGGUGGUUCUCUUCAAUUCCUGGCCCAACUCAACCCAACAGGCUCUUUGUUUAUUCUGCAACCUCUCAUGGCUCAACAAGCCAUGUGAAGAAGCAAUUAGCUCUCGGUUAUCCCCAGAAAACCAUAUUUGAUUCACUUCACGAGAAUGGUCACGACUUUGGGAUUUACUUCCAGAACAUACCCACUACCCUGUUUUACAGAAACUUGAGGAAAUUGAAGUACAUUUUCAAGUUCCAUCAGUACGAUUUGAAGUUCAAGAAGGAUGCUAGAAAUGGGAAGCUCCCCAGUUUAAGUGUGAUUGAGCCGCGGUAUUUCGAUCUAGUGGGGUUUCCUGCAAAUGAUGAUCAUCCAUCCCAUGAUGUCGCAAAUGGCCAAAAACUGGUGAAAGAGGUUUACGAGACUCUGAGGGCUAGCCCACAAUGGAAUGAGACCCUUCUCAUAAUCACUUACGAUGAGCACGGUGGAUUCUUUGACCAUGUCAAGACUCCUUUUGUCAAUGUCCCUAAUCCUGAUGGAAACACAGGCCCUGCUCCCUAUUUCUUCAAGUUCGAUCGGCUCGGCGUCCGCGUGCCUACGAUUAUGGUCUCGCCCUGGAUUAAGAAAGGGACUGUAAUAAGCAGUCCCAAUGGACCUACGCCAAACUCCGAGUUUGAGCAUUCCUCAAUCCCUGCUACCAUAAAGAAAAUAUUCAACCUCUCCUCCAACUUCCUGACUCACAGAGAUGCAUGGGCUGGGACAUUUGAGCAUAUUGUAGGGCAAUUAACCUCGCCAAGAACCGAUUGCCCAGUAACCUUGCCAGACGUGACACCGCUGAGGAAAACAGAGGCAAAUGAAAACAGUGGACUAUCUGAGUUUCAGAGUGAGGUGGUUCAGUUGGCUGCUGUGCUGAAUGGUGACCAUUUCCUGAGUACAUUCCCAAAUGAAAUAAGCAAGAAGAUGAGCGUUAAAGAAGCACAUGACUACACUAGAGGGGCUGUUGCCAGGUUCAUCAGAGCAAGCAAAGAGGCCAUCAAGUUGGGUGCAGAUGAAUCUGCCAUUGUGGACAUGAGAUCUUCCCUUACUACAAGAUCCUCAAUGCACAACUAAAUUUAUUCUUCUUUUGGUAUAAAACCUACACAGCAACAUAGAUUCUUAUUCCUUACUAGCUACAUUUUAGAGAUGAGAGCAAGUGUAAGUGUAACUAUAUCUCAUAAGCUUAAGCUAUAUGGUGAUUUUGUGUGCAUUCAAAUGUUUCGUGUCUAAAAGGUUUUUGUAGAUCACUUCUAAGAAAAACUCAGGCAAUCAGUAGUGCUUUCAUUGAAAUAGUAACUGAUUUUCUUAAA